CGACAAACAACAAAGAGAAAAAAAUAAACAGGAACCACUAGGUUUGAUUUGAUUUUUUUUUUUUCUUAAAUCAUGCCUAAAAUUUUACGCGGAGAGUUCGACCACAAAAUCAAACAUGAUCCAGAACCAGAAGAUGCAGGCACAAUCAAAUUCAGAGUCAAAGUGAGGUUCUUAGGUAAAGAUGAUGAUAACUUGACAUUCACGACUUUGUCGUUCGUCGACGAAUUCAUCAACGAGGAUCGCAGCGAGUGUCAAAGCAAAGUAAACUUGAAUAGAUUUUUAAAGGAAGCAGGGAUCAGCGACUACGAUAUUGCAUAUGCUAUGUCUCACUUUAUUCCCUUUGUUGCUAAAAUAACUUCUUCUACAAGUAAUGAGUAUUCUCCAGAGUGUGCUUUAGAAGUGUCGUUUGAUAUUCUUCUUCUCGGUGAGCCUCGUAUUGGAGAAGCAGUUAAAGUAUUGUUAGACUACGAAAUCAAACACGAUCCUGAACCAGAAAAAGAUGGCACAAUCAGAGUCUAUGCAAGGAUCUUCUUCGGUGGAGAAGAUUACUUGGCAUUCACGACUUUGUCGUUUGCUGGCGAAUUCAUUAAUGAUGAUCGCAACGAGUGUCGAAGCAAAGUAGACUUGAAUAAUUUCUUCAAGGAAGCAGGGAUCAGCGACCACGAUAUUGCACAUGCCAUGCGUCAAUUAAUUCCCUAUAUUGCUCAAAUAACUUCUUCCACAAGUAAUGGGUAUUCUCCAGGAUGUGCUUUAGAAGUGUGGUUUGCUCUUUUUACUCACGACGAGCCUCAUAUUGAAGAAGAGGUUCAAGUUGAAGAAGCAGUCCAAAUUGAAGAAGCGGUACAAAUCUCGUUUGACGAGACCACUAACAUCUGUUUGAGACCCGCAAGCGAGGUCGUGGUCAAGUCCUUAACCAGGAAAAUAUACGAGAAGAUUAGCUGUACUGGUCAAAAAUGCACAAUUUGUUUGGAGGAGUUUAACGAUGGAAGAAGAGUUGUGACUUUACCUUGUGGACAUGACUUUGACGAUGAGUGUGUCCUAAAGUGGUUUGAGACCAAUCACGAUUGUCCUCUGUGUCGUUUCAAGUUGCCAUGUGAAGAUCAAUGAACUUCGGUAGGAAAAUGAGAACGAUUGAGAAUGUAGAUUCGA